AUGGUUACAGCUGCUAGUCAUGUGACCAAGCUAGUUAACCACUUCAACGAUCGACGCCUGGGUGAUCGUAGAAAUAAUACAAAAUCGAAGGAGAAAGUGCUACUGAAUACACACAGCUCAUGUGACGGACAAAAGCCAACAACCAGUAUCAUCACGAGUGUAUCAAAGAACUGCGUUCUUUGCAAUCAGUCGGACCAUCGAAUAAAGGACUGUAAACAGUUCCAUGGUCUCACUGUAGAAAAUCGCUGGAAUAAAAUUCAUUUCCUAAAACUUUGUCGUACUUGUCUCAAUUCACAUGGGAGAAAUCGAUGUCGGUUGGCAGUUAAACGCGGGAUCGACGGUUGUGAAUUCAGGCACCACCCGCUGCUACAUUCGAAGGUUGAGAAUAAAGCAAAACCCACUACUGCUGAGAGCCACUCGCAUCGCGAUACUGAGUCAAAAAUUCUUUUCCGGAUAGUUCCUGUAACUUUUCGAAGUAAAUCAGCGACGGUGGAUACGUUCGCGUUUUUAGACGAUGGUUCAUCUCUAACGUUGGUAGAGCAGUCAGUCGCCCACGAGUUAGGUGUAACCGGACCAACGGAGCCUCUUUAUCUGAAAUGGACCGGGGAUAUAACACGGUGUGAAUCAGACUCUAAAGAGGUCUCACUUGAAAUAUCGGGAUUGGCUGGCACGAAAUUCUAUUGUAUCCAGUCAGCCAGGACCGUAUCUGAAUUAAAACUGCCGGUGCAAUCUCUAGACCCGUUCAGCCUUGCUCAGCAGUACCCUCACUUGAAAGGGUUGCCGAUUUCUCGCUAUGAAAAUGCAGUGCCACGCGUGGAUCAGGUAAACCUAUCGUUGUCACUUAAAUGUCGUGAGGGACGGCUGGGAGAGCCAGUGGCCACAAAAACUCGUCUCGGUUGGUGCGUUCACGGAGGCGGACGCAAUGGCAUUUUGAAGCCUAUAGCUGUCUGCUGUUACGUUUCAGACACUAGAGCAGAUAACGAGCUACACGACCUGGUCAAAAUGCAUUUCGAGAUAGAUGAUAUUGGCACUAAGCCAUUGAUGGAACUGAAAUCGGUAGACGACACGAGGGCAAAAAAUAUUUUAAGAGACACUACUAAACGCACGGAUGGAAGGUUUGAGACAGGGCUCUUAUGGAGAUAUGAUCAAUUCGAAUUCCCGGAAAGUUAUCACAUGGCUCUUCGCCGGCUGGAGUGCCUAGAGCGGAGAAUGUCUCGAGACCCUGCAUUGAAACAAAACGUGCAUCAGCAGAUACAAGAUUAUCAAUCGAAUGGCUAUGCUCAUCGUGCUUCUGACGAGGAAUUGGUGGCCGCUGAUCCUCGCAGAUGUUGGUACUUACCACUGGGAAUUGUUACCCAUCCCAAAAAGCCCGGAAAAGUCCGAUGA